CUAGCGGCUCCACCUGUGAGACCCAAGGGCCCACUGUGCUCCAACUGAAAGGCCAAAGCCGAGAAAUGAGUAUCCACAUGCGGAUCUAUGAAGUGGAGGUGUGUGCUGUGUUGGACAGUGGGGCACGGAGAAAUGUGUUGCCGUUGCGCUACUAUGAUACCAUCCACCCUGACAUGAGACCUGAGCUGCAGCCAUCAGUUGUUGAGACUUUACUUGGGGUGGGGCCUGUAGAUGUGCCAGUGCUUGGGGAGGCCCAGAUACCUGUCGACAUCAACAACCGUCAGGUGAAUGUGGAUUUCCUUGUAGCAGAUAUAGCAGGGGUGGAAGUGCUGCUGGGGCAUCCCUUCCUCACACAAGCUGAAGC